AUGGCACUCAUAGGCCUAGUAUGCUUGGUUACAAUUACCUUAUACAUUUGCUACAAAUCGCUUGUUCGCUCCAACCGCUCGACAUUACCCCUUCCUCCUGGGCCAACGCUUCUAAAUCCAGGCGCAAUCCCACAAAAGGAAAUAUGGCUGACCUUUAGAAAAUGGCACCAAGAGCACGGUCCUAUCGUAAGCCUGAAACUCGGAGUCCAGACGAUCAUUAUUCUGGGGAGCCACCGAAUCGCCCGGGACCUGCUGGACAAGCGCGGCAGCUUGUACAGCACUCAUAUUCAGUCAGUAUACGUCAACAAAUAUAUCGCAAAGGGCCUGCAGCCGGUCUUCAUGGAAUACGGACCAGAGUGGAAGCUUCAUCGACGGCUCCACACAACGUUUCUCAGUCCUCAAUUCACUCGAGCUUGCCAGGCCCUUUUGGAUACCCAAAGCAAGAAGACUUUGCACCGCCUGUUGUCAACAAACGACUUUGGGUCGUGUUUCCACCAUUAUGUCUCUAAUGUAAUGUUCAACUUGGCAUAUGGAAAAGAUGUUGACGAGGAGAAUAAGAGUGAUCAGGAGCACAUGGACAAGAUGUUCGAAUCACUAACCAGCGCAACCUCGGUGAUGACUUUCUUGGUUGACAUAUUCCCAAUCCUUGACCGACUUCCAAAAUUGUUCUCCCGGUGGAAAGCCAACGGCGAAAGAAGCCACAAUAAUGUAAAGAAUGCAUUCAUCAAGUGCAUUCAAUCCGCUCUGCAACAGGACACUUGGAACUGGAGCAAGGAAGCCUUCAGCAGGAAGGAAAGUAAAGACUUCUCCCUAGAACAGCUCGCUUUCAGUAUCGGGGAGGUCUACAUAGCUGGGAGCCACACCACCGACUCAACCCUGCGGAUAGCUGUUAUGGCCAGUUUACUCUACCCCGAUGCUAUGCGCCAAGCACAAAGAGAAUUGGACCAGGUUGUGGGCUCACAGAGGCUCCCAUCAUUCGAGGACCAGGAUAAACUCCCGUACGUCAAUGCAUUCAUCUCCGAAGUACUCCGGUGGAGACCAAUGGCCCCGGUCGGUGGACCCCGAACACUCUCCGAGGAUGAUGAGUACAUGGGGUAUUUCCUUCCAGCCGGUGCCACGAUCAUUGCGAAUCAAUGGGAAAUGGAUAUGGACGAGAGUAUUUUCGAAGACGCCCCGUCGUUCAAGCCCGAGAGAUGGAUCCAGAACCCCGACCUUCCUCUUUCGGCCUUUGGCUUUGGCAGAAGAAUAUGCCCGGGACAAUACUUUGCACGGUCCUCUCUGUUCAUCGCGAUAGCGCGCAUGCUUUGGGCGUAUGACAUAGAUUGUCCAGUAACGAGCACCUUGGAGGAUGUGAAGGCGGCAGACCGGUCGGAGAAUUUCGGCGUGAUAUUUACACUUCCACCCUUUGAGGCUUCGUUCCGCGUGCGAAGCCCUGAACGUCAACAGAUUAUUGAACAGGGGUGGCAAACGGCGAAUAAGGACUGUAACGAUUUAUUAAAAGCAAUUGGACACGACGCCUUUACUCCUACAAAACGGUAG